CCAAGUGCUUACUGCAUGCUGUCGAUGUAACCAGGCUCGGACUCUCAAUUACCUAACCUUUCUACUACUAUAUAACUUGCCUGUGAGUUACUGUUAUGUCAAUCGUCAUAGGGAUUGCAAUUGGACCUGCACCCCCACGCGAUGCAACCCUAGUAUGAUCGCUUUAUCACAGCUCUCCCCACACUACAUAGCAGGACAUUCCAGAUAAGCAUAAUGCUGUGCCAUUCUAAUCGCAGGUGCGCAGCCUAUGUGGUUGGUGUGGCCUGUGCUGCGAUCGUCGUUUUAAAUUGACAUCCCUUCCCUCUUGCUUGCUCCUGUCAUCCAUCUUCAUUCAGCUGGAAGUUGUGUGUUCAACUGGUAAGAGGGUACAAUGGCUGAUCUCGAACACGACGCCGGCAAGGAUGCCACCAUCAAAGCUAUCACCAACGAGUCCACAGGCAUCGGCACUCUCGACCCUCUGCACGACGUCGCCCGCGUCGUCGACCACAAGGCCGAGCGUGCCUUGUGUCGCAAAUUCGACUUUCGGCUGCUGCCAAUCCUGGCUUUCAUGUAUCUCUGCAACGCACUCGACAAGGGUAAUUUGGGAAAUGCGGAAACGAAUGGAUUGAAUGAUAACCUUGGCAUGACCGGAGAUCAGUAUAAUCUACUCCUCUCCAUCUUCUUCAUCCCCUUUGUUGUCUUUGCCCCGCCAAUCGCCAUGCUCGGCAAGCGGUUCAGCCCGGCCAAAGUCAUCGGAGUCAUGAUGUUCAGUUUCGGCGUGUUCACACUGCUUUCUGCGUCAGUCACCAAUUUCUCGGGCCUGUUUGCGCUGCGCUGGUUCCUGGGUAUGUCCGAGGCGGCCUUUUUUCCGCUUGUGAUCUACUACCAGACUACCUUCUACCGCCGUGGAGAGCUGGCUCGGCGCUUGGCCAUCUUUUAUGCUGCGUCUAAUAUUGCCAAUGCGUUUUCCGGCUUGUUGGCAUUUGGGGUGUUUCAGAUUAAAAACUCAUCGCUGUACGGCUGGCAGUAUCUGUUUCUCAUUGAGGGCUCCUUCACCGUGUGCUUCUCGGUGUUUGCGUUUUUCUACCUGCCCAAGAGCCCGCAGGAAGCAAAUUUCUUGUCCGAGGAGGAAAAAAAGCUUGCUUUUCACCGUAUCCAGGUUGAUUCUUCUGCCGUUGUCAACGAAGAGUUUAACCUGCGCCAUGCCUUUGGUAUUAUGAAACGACCCACCACAUACGCCUUUCUGGCAAUUGAGAUCUGUCUCGGUGUGCCUUUGCAAGGCGUCGCGCUGUUCCUGCCACAAAUCGUCUCUCGUCUGGGCUAUUCUACCGUCAAAACAAACCUCUACACCGUCGCCCCCAACGUCACUGGCGCCGUAAUGCUGCUCGUCCUCGCCUUCUCGUCCGACGCCGUCCGCCUGCGCUCCCCUUUCAUCGUGCUUGGUUUCCUUUUCACGCUGAUCGGGUUCGUCAUCUACGCGGCUAUCAACGAUGUCAAUGCCCAGAUUCAUCUGGCCUACUACGCCUGCUUCAUGAUGACAUGGGGCACCUCCGCGCCGUCCGUGCUACUGAGUACCUGGUUCAACAACAACAUCGCCGACGAGGGACAGCGCGUGUUACUCACCAGUAUCGGCGUGCCGUUGGCCAAUCUGAUGGGUCUGGUUUCGAGUAAUGUCUUCCGCAGCAAGGACAAGCCCAAGUACAUGCCCGCCCUGGUGACUAUUGCCUCGUUUGGUGGUGCCGGUGCGCUGAUUGCCGCACUGCUGGGAUUAUAUAUGUGGUUUGAUAAUGCGAAGCGGAAUCGUAAGGCGGGCAGGGUGAUUGAUGCCAGGGAUGUGCCGACGGAGCGGCUGCGUGAUGGGCCGAGUUUAGACGAGUUUCGCUGGUUUUUGUAAUUCCCUAUCAAUUUCAUAUACAAAAUAUAUACCCGUGGAGUCGAGUAAUUAAUACUAGGUAAAAUUUUGCUUCACUAGUGGAUACGUAAAAUCAACACUUG